CAGAUUCAAAUCCAGCUUCUGUGGGAUCGCCAACACGUGUACUGGACCUCAAACAAUAAUAAUAUGUCUCUACACAAAAACACAACAGAGAGGCCUCCUGUGAGGAGAUCCGAGGCAGACAGACCUUUGACCAGCAGAAACACACAGACCAACAGACUGUAUCCAUCACUGCCCAAAACUGACAGGUAUGAUGCUUGUGUUGAGGAUCGCUCUGUUGAGGAAAAGCUUCGACCAGCGUCAGUGUUUCAUCCUCGCACGCUUCUCGGAGAAAACCAGUCAGACUCAUCGGCUGCCAGCAGUGAGGCCAGAUGGAAAGCACGGAUUCUUAUCUUGGAGGAGCAAAAACAAGAGCUCCUUUCUAUUAAUGAGAAGUGGGCGAAAGAGUACCGAACCAUGAGACAAUACUACAAAGAGAAGGUUCAAGAUUUGAAAGCGUUGCUGCAACGUGAUUACAGCCAGUUUGAAGAGGAGAUGUGUGAAGCAGGGGAGAUAAACACUGAGUUAUAUGAGAAAUUAAAGGUCAAGACACUCAAAGAUAUAAAGAGCCCACGGACUGGUGACGCUGAUGUCAGCUCCGAGUUACUGAAAGCAGAAAAGGAGGCGAAGGAGCUACGAGUGCAAAACAACACUUUGACCAGGAGAGGGCAGCAUCAGCAUGAGGAGAUCAGGCGACUGAACAAGGCGCUAGAGGACGCACUGCAGACGAGUCAACCGCUAGAAGUGAGCAGUGAAACACUACACGAGAUCUGGAAACAUCAGGCGGAGGUCUACAAAGAAGACUUUUUGAAGGAGCGGAGCGACAGAGAGAAGCUAAAGGGGAAGUAUCUGGAUGUAGAGAAGAAGUUUAGAAAAGUUCACAGUGAGCUUCGUGUCCUAAAAUCUCAGGUGACUCGCACACCACAGCCUGUACAUGAAUGCAGCUGCAGAACACGAGCGAGAAGUCCGACGUGGGACGUGCGGCACAUUAACCAGCACCACAUGGUGUUAGAAAGGCGUUAAAUGAAGAAUAACAACGUCUGAAAUUCAAAUGCUCCUCACUCUAUGUUUACAAAUGUGUGUUGCACUUUAUUGAAGUGUGAGCUCAGAGUGCAGCAUUAGCAGGGUGAGACUUUGCCAGCUUAUAGCAGGGAGGACUCUGUUCUGUCUUGAGUCUUUGGCUGACCGUCUGCUGCAGGUUCAGCUUCAGGUAGCCUUCGUUGUGAUCGUAGCGAGGCCAUUCUACCAGUCCGGGGUCCAUUAGGUGACCCGUAUGGAGGAAGACACACACACACAAACAUGAACCUCAUGUGAAGCAGCACAUAAUAUACUCCACCCAUUGUGUGCAAAUUUAGCAAUGCAAGCCAUCACAGCCUUUCUUAGCCCCUCCUCUUCUUGUGACAUGGGUCCUUAGGAGGAUACCAAUCAUUCAUAUCAACAACCUAAAACACUACUGAGUUUCAGAAAUGAAUGGGGGGGAUCUUCCUGUUUGAUGAACCUGGAACGUGAAGUUGCCCAGAUAAGAAGAGAUGUCUCAGGAAAAAGGAAACGUCAUCGUAGUGGUCCACAGCGCUUUAGAUCGGAGGUGAAUGCGGCUGUGACUGUUUCAAAGGUGUUAUAAAGCCCCCUGGGUGGUGGACAGACACAAGGAUUCGUCCAGUAUGACUUUAUUUUUCAACCGAACCCAGUCAGAGAGAACAUGAAAUGUAGGAGUCAUGAAGUACAUUAUAGUAACUGUUAUUUGAACUGUGUAUUUUAUGAAUGUUUUUAAGAAAUCUGUUGCUGCAUAUUCUUCCUGUUUUCAUGAGAAUAAAUCACUGACAUCUGUAUA